AUGCUUCCCCAAAUCAUUCAGGAUGAGCGAGACACCCGUGGAUCCGGGCUGUUGGCCCUGGAUCCCCUGUAUGAGUCUAUCGUCCUCCCCAGAGGCGAGGGCAUUAGAAGCAUCAUGCUCCCGGGUGUCCGCUGCCCAACCUGCGCCGCCAAAGGCGAGGAAGUCUGGGUGAUCCCAGGACGUGCCUGUGGCUACUGCCGCACUCCCGCGCCGUCCGAACACGAUGUCUCCCCCGAAGACAUUCACUUUGACCACUCUCACUGA